AUGGCAGCCAAGGCCCCCGCCCUCGCGGCGGCGCUCCUCCUCCUCGCCGCCGCCGCCCUCCUGCUCGCCCGCGGCGCCGAGGCCGGGGCCACGGAGGUGCCGCUGAGCUGGGAGCUGGGCGUGGAGGACGUCGCCGACGACGGGUUCGGCUUCGCGGGCGCCGGCGGCGACGAGGCGGUGGCGGCGCGGCGCGUGCUGCAGAGCGGCAACGGGUACAUCAGCUACGGCGCGCUGCGAAGGGACAACGUGCCCUGCUCCGUGCGCGGCUCCUCCUACUACAACUGCCGCCCCGGCGGCCAGGCCAACCCCUACUCCCGCGGCUGCUCCGCCAUCACGCGCUGCCGCGGCUGA